UUGUCAGUUGUUUUCGUUAGUCGUUAUUUGUUUGUUGACAAUUGAAGGAUAGGGUUUGUUUGCGGUUUGUAAUAAUAAUAAGGUUGCACCAUUUCAACUCGCUUUGUACGGGGCGUAUAGCCCAGUGUUUGUUGGUUAGAAAGUCAGCAAGAAAAGUAACACCUCAAUCACGGUUAAAAGGGAUUAAACAUUUAUUUUGAAUUAUUGACCCAGGAAUAUUAUUAUGCCCACCCAGCAACCUGUUGCCAGAUUUGUAAAUCAUGAAAAACCUAAUAAAGAGCCGACUUCAAAGUACGAUUAUAUGCUUCUUCUGAGAAAAAAAGAAUUCCUGGCUUAUCAUCAUCUUUGUGGAGUGUUUCGUGCUCAAGGCCAUCUAACUCCAGAGAAACUGAAGCUUCUUAAGGAAGUAGCCGCUGUCCUCGAAAUACCUGAGAGUAGGCAUAAGGCUGAGUGUCGAAUAGCUGUCAAUGAUGAUGAACUCAAUGCCAUUGCAGAAGUUGCAGCGGGCCCGAACACCGAACUGGAGUGGGAGAGAGAGGGGAAGGAUAAGGAAUUGCUACAGUAUAACGAUGUCCCGGUGCCCACAGCCUAUCUGCAUAUGGCCGACAUGGUAGCUGAAUUUAUGAGAGAGGCCAUACAACAAUUGGAGGAACGCGAUGACUGUGAUGAUGAUACCGAAAUAACCAAAACUCUGCAUUUGAAAAUGCGAUGUCUAGAGGACACCAACAGCAGUCCCAACAUCAGCUCAACUGCAGAGCCCAACGUAAAUAAUGUAAAAGAAGUAAAAAAGGAAGAAAAGGACGGAGAAUCAAGCGCAUUGGUCUCUUCUACCACAGACUUGAUUGAAGACCAGCCAAUGGAGGAAGAAAAAAAAGUUGAGGAAAUACAGAAGUCAGAAACGGACCCUGAUACAGUUCUGAUGCCGCCACCACCUCCUAUUGUCAAUGUACCUCACUCCGUCACGAGCUUCCCCCCUGCCCCUCCCCCCGCUGUGAUAACUGUGCCUCCCACUCCUGUCAUAACCGUUCCUCCCUCCUCCAGCAUCACGGUCAUGCCUACAACACCGAAACCGACCACCCUGCCUGUCUCCUCAAUCCCUGACUCUACACCGUCAUCCCCACAGCCAAGCCAGAUGUCUCCGGUAUCGUCUCCCAUCGUCACGGUGUCUGAGGAGCUGCAGGUACCUGUCUAUGAAGAACCUCUUUUAUCGGAGUCGGAGGAGAUACAGUUCGUCUCGUUCCCAGAGGCUCUCGAUAACUCCCUGCCACCCCUGGUUGUGGUCCCUCCUGCUGAACCCGUCAUCACCAUACCCCACUCCUCCUCCUUCUCUCCCCCUGUGACUCCCACAUCCACCACCCUGGUCCUGCCGUCAGGGAUGUCCAUCAAGUUCAGGGACGAUGGGGAGACCAAGAGCCGGAAGCGCACUCUGCCACAAGACGCCCACAACUCCGGUGCCCCAGCCGUGAAGACUAUGGCUUUUACUCAAAUAACUAAGAUGACACCAAUAAUGGUGUCUGCAGCUGGGGUCACAGGUCAAGGACAAGUCAAGGUCACUCCGAUCAUCAACAGAUCAAAGGUGGGAAACACUAGCACUCAGUCCACCCUCCCUUCGUCAGCACAGAAGGUGAUUAUUGUAUCAAAUCCGUCGGCUCCCAACUCUCCAAUAAUCCAACGCCAUGGAGUCCCAGUCACAUGUUCUGUGGCAAUGCCAGUCGUACGGGGCCAUCAACCUCGUCUACAGCCGGCCACAGGGUUGGUACAGUCCAGUGCAGGAACAGCCAGGCUGAGACCCAAGAUGGUGACGGUGCCCAAAGCUCGACCCAAGGGCAGCCCUCUCAUCAUCCCCAACCUCCAACUGAAGAACCCUGUAACUUUGAAACAGGACAAUGUCACAGUGGUAGAUACGAGUAUGAAGAGACUUCCGGUGGUGCCUGGAACUGCUAAGAUGAAUGCUAAGAUCCUGCCUAAACCUCAGAGCAUGUUCAUCGUCAACCCAACGCAGGGAUCACACAACAUAGCCACCAGUGUUGGUGGUGGACAGGGACCGAGGAUGAUAACAUCUCGAGUGAUUACUCAAGCUGAGGGUGCUAAGCAGAAUGUGGUGAUACUACAGAAGGGUGGAGGUGGACACAGAGCUCUCACUCUAACUAACACUAAUAAGGAUUUCAUGCAGAAGUUGAUAACCAAAAAGUGUGUUGUAAUCCAGUCAUCAAAGACUGUUCCAAAGAACAUAUCACCAAAACCUACACCUCAAGCUUCUACAUCCAAUGCUAGCAAUGUUGUGGUGCUUGACCUCAGCCAGGAACAAUUUCGCCAGAACUUGAGCACCACAACGAUAGCAGAAAUACUGCAGGCGUCUGGCAUCAUGACAUCCUCUGCCGCCCACACGCUGCCAACCUCCACACCACGCUACUCCUCAGUCUCAGCUCCAGACCCUAAUAUUCUCCAAGCAAGCAAGACCCUGUCUCUGGAGGAAGUGACACUUUCGGACAACCAGUCAGAGUCCAUUGUCACGCUUGAUGAGGCUGUAGAACUGCUUGGUGACGGUGUGGAUCAGUCAGACAUGGUGAUGGAGGCAGAGUUACUGAGUGACAACACACAGCUACAGUCUGCUCAGCUCGACUCUUCACAGGCAAUACAGAUGGCUGUGGCUGAUUCUCCAGAUCAAAUAUUCACCAUUAGUCCAGAGGAGCUGGCUGCUGGAGACAUCACGUUUAUGACUGACAAGUCUUUAGCGAUGGAGCCAGUUACCAGUCAGAUUGUGAUCGAAACCCUUUCCACUCAGAUUUGCCCAGUAUCAGAAAGUGCCUCUACAUUUCCCCUGUACAGAGAAGGUGCAGUCACAAUUCAACACAGUAAUACAGACAUGCCGACCAACAUGUGUCUGGAGGAGUAUUCGUCACAGCAGAUGGAGAACCAAAGCUUGAAUUAGAGUUGAGAAAUGGUACUUGAUUUAAAUUUUGCCUUGAAUAAUAUAGUUAAGGUUAAGAGAAUUUAAUAGUGUGUUGUAAGUUUAUGUACAUAACCUGUUAUUGCGAUGUGCUGUGUUAAAGGGGUUGUAAGAUUCAAUUACCAAUCUUAAGUUAUUGGAAAUCUGUAAUAGCUUUGAUAUUACAAGAAAAAUUAUUCCUUUGUUUUACUAUGGUAUUUUGAUGUAUUCUAUUCUUACUAACAUUAAGUUUAUUUCUAUUUUAUCGCUUUAUUCAUAUCAUAUUUAGAUUUGAAUAUUGAUACAAUUAAUUCUUGAGACAUUAGUUUAUUAUUUUUAAUUUAUGACCACUGGUUAAAUUAGCCUUGCAUUUGUUUUAAAGAGUAUUGUAAAUUUUAGUUGUGUGAUUUUUAACUAUGCAAACUAGUUUUGUUUCUCUCAUUUACCGAUAAAUAUAUACUUAAAUUAAUACAGUGGAUGUGAAAUUAUGAAAAAUACUGUUUAUAAUUUUAAAUAUCACAUCUGAAUCCAGCAUUAAAAUGUUCUCAAAUGCUGAAAAAAAUUAAAAUUAGCUGUAUGAGAUGACAGUAAAUUUGUAUAGUACAAGUCUUCUUCCCUUACUGAUUGUAUUUUUUAUUUUAUGCAGUAUGUAAUUAGAAUACCAACAGUUUUCACUGUGUGGUUAAAGAUUUCAAUUUGUAUUCUUUUAAACCGUAUUGUAUUUAAUACUUAUACCAGCAUUGUACAUUCUACGUACAAUAUUAAUUAUUUUCUUUUAUUAUGUAAGUACUUAACAGUAUUUAUUGUAUUCAGGAGACUGGAAUAUUUCAUGCAUUGUAUACUAAACACUUUAAUUUGAAAUGUGUUCCUUGAAUAAAAUGUUAUUAUUUA